GAUUCCGUUUUAAUCUUUCAUCUUUGAUACGAAAGGAAAACAAUGGAGGAAAUCAACGCAUAUAUCGAAGAAGAACCUAAAUUAAACGAUGCUGCAGUUGAGACAGAAUUUAAUACCGAGCCAACAUGUAAACAUGCAACAUGCAACAAUGUAAAUGACCUUGAUCCAAGCACCGCCAUAGAAUGUUUAUCUGGUGGAUUCGAGAAUGUUGGAGUAUUGGGAAAGGAAGAGUUGAUGAAGUAUGCCAAUGAUCCUUUCUGGAAAAGGUUGCGUCUUAUGCUCCACAUUCUCUUUUGGGUGGGAUGGAGUGCGAUGUUGGUAGCGGCUGCUAUUAUUAUUGCUUUGGCACCAAGAUGUCCUUCAAGAGCUGACCAGAAAUGGUAUGACAGACAGGUCGUCUAUGAAAUCCUCACAGAAUCUUUCCAGGACACGGAUCCUGAAUCACAAGGCGUGUGGAAGGAAGGAGAAGGAAUGGGAGACAUUAAAGGUAUCACUUCUCGGGUGAACUACUUUUUGGAACUUAAGAGUAAUGUUCUCUAUAUAAAUUCAAUUUAUCGAAGUGAUGAUAAUGAUCAUAUGGCAGUUGUUGACCACAAGAGUAUCGACAGUGCAUUAGGAACGAUGGAAGACUUUGAUCAGCUCCGUAAAGUCACCAAGAAGAAGCAGAUGCGCAUUAUUAUGGACUUCAUCCCUAAUCAUACUGGGAAGACCAGUGAAUGGUUUAAGAAGAGUCAGAGGAAAGAAGGAAAAUACACCGAGUAUUAUGUCUGGGCUCAAUGUGAUAACAAAUCGGAUAUAUAUCCAAACAACUGGAUGAGUCUGAAAGGCGGUAGGGCAUGGACAUAUGACGACAUCCGAGAAGAAUGUUACCUCCAUCAACUAGAGAACGACAAACCGGAUCUAAACCUCUGGAAUACGAAUGUCCGGCAAGAAUUGGAGGACAUCCUGCGUUUCUGGUUGAACAAAGGAGUAGAUGGCUUCCAUAUUUUGAAUCCUGAGUAUUUGUAUGAAGAUCAGAAUUUCGGCGACGAAAUACUGAUGUCUGGGAAAGAAGGAAAUGCUUAUACUGACUUUAAGCACAACCAGACCUCACAUCAUUCAGAAAAUCUGAAGCUGUUGAGCGUGUGGAAGUCCAUACUUGAUGCAUACAGUACCAAGCCAGGUAGAGAAAAGGUUCUUGUAGUAACAGCUAAAGAUGAUGUAAACUCUACGAUGAAGUACUUUGAGGCCGGAGCCACCAUUGUACGUGUCACCCCCUUUUCAGACACCGGCUUCUCACUGACUGAACGAAUCGAAGCUGAACUGAGUCAUAUGGAUAUUGAAUCAAACAGAUUUGGAUGGAUGUACAGUAACAAGGAUUCCAGUCGUCUAGCAAGUUUGAAACCCGAACAAGUAAAAGCUUUGAUGACUCUUCAAGCUACAUUACCUGGAGUUCCUUUUGUUUACUACGGAAAUGAAAUAGGAAUGACUGAUCAUCCUUCACUACCAGAGCCGUUGAAGUACAGAACCCCCAUGCAGUGGAACAUGAAGGGAACGGGGUUUUCAAAGAAUACAAAGUGGCUUGCACAGAAUCCUAACUAUGUGGAAAUCAAUGUUGAGGAGGAAAACGCUGUCGGAAAUGACUUCACCAUCUUGAAGGUGUUUCGAAAACUAUCAUUUCUUACAGAAAACGAGUCCUUCCAGUGGGGGCACAUGAAUUUGUUUAGAGACAAGGAUCUUCUAAUGUUCACUAGAAAGACCGAGGGAUUUCCUGGGUACCUUGUGGCCAUGAAUCUUGGAUCUAAGAGGGAAAUGGAGUCCUUUCAUGGGGCCACUGGAAUCCCUAAGAAUGUUAAGGUGGUGUUCCAUACCCACACGGAUGAUAACACUGUCAUCAAUCUGUCUGAUAACUCUUCUGUUCUGGAAACUAAUCACGCAAUUAUUUUGGAAUAUGAAUAAAUUUAGAUUUCAAUGGCAACUUUUAAGAAACCAUUCAUUUCAUUUAUACUUUUACACUGUACAUAUUU